AUGACGAGAAAACCGACAUCAGACAGACUAUCGUCUACUAGAUCGGAAAACUCACUCUACAACCUCACCAGGAGAUUUCUAAAGCUUGUAAGCAUGUCUCCAGAUCGGAAUGUGAGUAUCCACCAAGCAUCCAUAGAGCUGAAUGUGGGGAAGAGGAGAAUAUACGACAUAACGAAUGUGUUGGAGGGAUUGGGUCUUCUGAGCAAGUGGUCCGUGAGCAAUGCAAAGUGGAUUGGAGGAAAUGUCGAUCGAUAUAUACUCGAUGGCGAGGAGAAGGAAAACAAGGAGAAUCACAGACUAGAUCCAGAGGGCAUAUUGAGGGGAGAUGAUCUGGAUGCAACUCUCUGCAGGCUCAACGAGGAGAUCUCGAUGCUUUCACAGUCGGAAAAGAAUCUUGCAAAUGCAUACGUUACGUAUGCCGAUUUGCAGCGUCUUCCCUCUCUGGACGGCAGCCUUGUUUUUGCAGUUAAGGCACCUUCGGAAACAACUAUGGAGUAUCCUAGGUAUGAAAAGGGCUUUUAUAAGCUCAAGCUGAGUUCCGAGCAGGGAACCAUAAACAUCUUCUAUGUCUCUGAUGAAAAGAAAGAUUAA